UGAAGAGAGAAUGAAAGUGAAGCUCAGGUCUCAGUCAAAACAGUCAACCACCCUGAAGAUGCUCCUGUUACUGGCACUGCUGGGGGUGGCCAUGAGCUUGGCCUCCCUCACUCCCCAGAGAAGCCAGGACACGAUGGCCGAUUUCUUACCGAUGUCCACAGCCUCUGCAACCCUCCCAAACGUACAGUGCUGGGUCUUCAAUGUUGAAUUUAUGAAUUGUACCUGGGAUAGCAGCUCUGGACCCCAGCCUACCAACCUGACCCUCUAUUACUGGUAUAGGGAUCCACCCAAGGAAUGUAGCCAAUACUUGUUUGCUGGGGCCAUCACUUCGGGCUGUUGGUUUGGCCGUGAGGAUAUUGAUAUCUAUAACAACUUCAAUGUGGAACUCCGGGCUCCUGGUAGACAUUUCAAGCAGGAAAUGAAGCUUCAGGAUUUGGUGAUCCCUUGGGCUCCUGAUAACUUGACAGUCUACAGUAUGAAUGACUCACAGCUGGAGCUCAACUGGACCAGCAGUUACAAGGCCAUGUGUCUGCAGCACCUGGUACAAUACAAGAGUGACAUUGACUCCAGCUGGACAGAGCAGUACGUACACCAGAGGCAGCAGUUCGGCUUACCCAGCGUGGAUGAGCACAAACUUUACACGUUCCGGGUCCGAAGCCGCUUCAGACCUUACUGUGGCAAUGCCCUGCAGUGGAGUCAGUGGAGCCCUGUGGUCCAAUGGGGGGGCAGAAGGCCAAGGGAGCGGCCCUCACUGCCCGUGCUGGAGACUGUGCUGGUGCCCCUCGGCCUUCUGACUGGCUUCAUUUUCCUCGUCACCAUGCUCACCCGGCUGGAGCGGGUGUGGGUGAUCCUGAUGCCCCGAAUCCCCAACCUCAACAGCCUGGAUGACCUGCUUACCACGCACCAGGGAAACUUCUCGACUUGGAGCGGUGUGUCCAAGGGGCUGGCUGAAAGUCUGCAGCCAGACUACAGUGAGAGGCUAUGUCACGUGAGCGAGCUCCCCCCGAAAGCAGGGGCCCAAUCGGAGGGGCCCGGGGGCUGCCCCAACAGCCAGCACAGCCCUUAUUGGGCCCCUCCACCAUGCUACAGUCCAGACCCCGAGCCCUGAGGCUGGACUCAGAGACUCUACCAGCCAAUGGCUAGACUCUGGCCCUGACCUCCUGAAGAUGCUCUUCGGGCCCUCAGCGCUCUCUCCCUCGGCCCCCUCCUCCUUCCGGGCCCCCUCUUUGGGAACCUCCCCCUCUUGCUGUACCUGCCCCCCCCCCCCGCCCCCCGCCCUUCCUUCUCUCAGGACUCUCCCUCCCUCCCUCCCUCCUUCCUUCAUACU